UUUAAAACAUUGUUGUAGGAGAAAGUACGUAGCUAAUGAAAAUGCAUCUUUCUAAAGUUAUGUUUGUAGCUUUGUUCUAUGCGUUUUUGGCAGGAGUAGCACCAUUAUUAGCUUAUGGUCAGCUUGCUCCAACAUUUUAUGAUGAAACGUGUCCGAAUGUGACCAGCAUCAUACGUGAAAUCAUUGAAGAUACCUUGUUAUCCGAUGCUCGGAUCGGGGCCAGCCUCAUUAGGCUUCACUUCCAUGACUGCUUUGUUGAUGGUUGUGAUGCAUCGAUUUUGUUGGACAAUACUGAUACAAUUGAGAGUGAGAAGGAAGCUUUGCCAAACAACAACUCUGCAAGAGGUUUUGAUGUUAUUGAUAGAAUGAAAGCCAGAUUGGAGAGCUCUGAAAAUUGUCCUGGCAUAGUUUCAUGUGCUGAUAUUCUCGCAAUUGCAGCUGAAGAAUCUGUCGUUUUGGCUGGAGGUCCCUCAUGGGCAGUUCCACUAGGAAGGAGAGAUGGAACAACAGCGAACCGGGCUCUAGCAAAUCUUUCCCUUCCGUCCCCCUUUGAGACCCUUGAUGAAAUCAAAGCCAAGUUCACUGCUGUUGGCCUGAAUAACAAUACUGAUCUGGUUGCUCUAUCUGGUGCUCACACAUUCGGACGGUCUCAAUGUCAAUUUUUCACAAACCGGUUGUAUAAUUUGAGUGAUUGCAGUACUAAUCCUCCACCAGAUAAUACAUUGAACACAACUUAUUUAGCAACACUCCGGGACUUGUGCCCUUGUAAUGGGAAUGGGAGUGUGCUUGCUGAUCUUGAUCCUAAAACACCUGAUGGUUUUGAUAGUAACUAUUUCUCCAAUCUGCUAGUUGGCCAAGGCCUACUUGGGAGUGAUCAACUACUGUUUUCGACUCCUGGGGCAGAUACCGUUGACAUUGUCAACAACUUUAGUGCAAAUGAAACAGCUUUCUUUGAAAGCUUUGUCGUUUCCAUGAUAAGAAUGGGGAAUCUCAGCCUUUUGACAGGAACACAAGGGGAAAUCAGAUUGGACUGCCGUGUAGUUAAUGGAAAUUCAACUGGACAAAAUAUUAUGCUUGUUAGUUCAAUUUAAUACACACACACACAUGUAUGUAUGUAUGCAUGUAUGUAUUGUGUCAUAAAAUUCAUCAGUAUGAUGGAAAAUGCUAUUGAUACUCCCUCUUAGGUUGCCGUUUCUCGUAUCGAAAACGUAUAUUUCCCUCUUAUA